AUGCAUUCCAUCACAUCAGGCCUCUCCAAUCCCACCAUAAAACCCUUCACCACCCUCGAAUCCCUCCAAACCGACGCCCAAAAAGUCCUCUCCACCACCAACAACCAAUACAUCCUCCUCCUCAACACCCCACCCUCCAUCCUCGAUCUCCUCACAAACGACAAAGCCGCCCUAUCCAGCAUCUCCUUCCGACUCACCUACGAACAAUCCACAUCCCUCCUCAAACUCGUCCCGUCAUACACCCACCGCGCCAUUGCAGCCCGUCUCUCAACCACAAUCGACCGUCUCUGCAUCGCACCGGCGUCCCCGAAGACGACCUUGAGUGGGCGCUGA